AUGAUCGAACCCAUCGGGAAUCAGUACAUUGUGGCCAGGCCAGUGUAUUCUGCAAAUGCUUUUGGGGAAGAACAUAAGAAGAAAUACAGACGUCAUAAGACAUUUCUGGAUCAUCUCAAAAAGUGGUUCGGCUGUUCUGCACAAAAGGCCAAGAGAAUUGCCCUCUCUUUGUUCCCCAUAGCAUCUUGGUUGCCGGCGUAUCGCAUAAAGGAAUGGCUCCUCAGUGACAUAGUUUCUGGAAUCAGCACAGGGCUGGUGGCUGUACUGCAAGGUUUAGCAUUUGCUCUGCUUGUCACCAUCCCCCCCAGCUAUGGGUUGUACGCAGCCUUUUUCCCUGUCAUCAUCUACUUUUUCUUGGGCACUUCUAGACACAUAUCAGUGGGUCCUUUCCCAGUUCUGAGUAUGAUGGUUGGAGCAGCAGUCGUGAGAUUAACCCCAACAACUGAUACAGCUGAUCCGACAGUCACUAAUAGCUCGUUGACUAAUGAUUCGUCACUAGAUGAGCACAAGGUGAUGGUGGCUGCAACGGUCACAAUUCUUUCUGGAAUCAUCCAGUUGCUCCUGGGGGUUCUACAGCUGGGCUUCGUGGUGAUUUAUCUCUCCCAGUCCCUCAUCAGUGGCUUCACCACAGCUGCCGCUAUUCACGUUUUGGUUUCCCAGCUCAAAUUUAUUCUUCAGCUGACAGUGCCAGCACACACUGAUCCGUUUUCAAUUUUCAAAGUACUAAUUUCCAUAUUCUCACAAAUAGAGAAGACUAAUAUUGCAGACCUUGUGACAUCCUUGGUCAUCCUACUGGUGGUAUUUGUGGUCAAAGAAAUAAAUCAGCGCUACAAAGCCAAACUUCCAGUGCCUAUCCCAAUUGAACUCAUCAUGACUGUGAUCGCAACAGGUGUGUCCUAUGGCUUUGACUUCAGAAACAGGUUUAAAGUGGCUGUGAUUGGGAAGAUGAAAAGUGGGUUUCAGGCCCCUAUCACACCUAACGCGCAGACUUUCCAAGAUACCAUUGGAGACUGCUUUGGCAUCGCCAUCGUUGGCUUUGCAGUGGCCUUUUCUGUGGCCAGCGUCUAUUCUCUCAAAUACGAUUAUCCGAUUGAUGGCAAUCAGGAGUUAAUCGCCUUGGGAGUGGCUAACAUAUUUGGUGGAUCGUUCAGAGGAUUUGCAGCAAGUACCUCCCUCUCCAGAUCAGGGGUCCAGGAGAGCACAGGAGGCAAAACACAGAUUGCUGGCAUUCUUUCUGCUGUCAUCGUGCUGAUAGUCAUCCUAGCCAUUGGAUUUCUUCUGGAGCCUCUGCAAAAGUCUGUCCUGGCAGCUUUAGCACUUGGAAACUUGAAAGGAAUGCUGAUGCAGUUCGCGGAAAUACGGAGAUUAUGGCGAAAGGAUAAGUAUGAUUGUCUAAUUUGGGUCAUGACCUUCAUCUUUGCUGUUGUCCUGGGGCUCGGUUUGGGCCUGGCAGCUAGCGUGGCAUUUCAGCUCCUGACUAUCGUCUUCAGGACCCAGUUUCCCAAAUGCAGCAUGCUGGCUAAUGUGGGAAGGAGCAACAUCUAUAAGAACAGAAAAGAUUACUCUGAAAUGUAUGAGCCAGAAGGCGUGAAGAUUUUCAGAUGUCCAUCUCCCAUUUACUUUGCAAACAUUGGUUUCUUUAAGCACAAACUUAUCGAUGCUGUUGGCUUUAGCCCACUUCGAAUUCUUCGCAAGCGCAACAAAGCUUUGAAGAAAAUCCGAAAACUGCAGAAGAAAGGCCUGUUGCAAGUGACACCGAAAGGAUGUAUAUGUACUGUUGAUGGCUUUAAAGAUUCUGACGAAGAGCUGGACAACGAUAAUAUAGAAGAAUUAGAUCAGCCCAUCAAUACCACAGACCUGCCCUUCCAGAUAGACUGGAACACUGAUCUCCCUCUCAACAUCGUGGUCCCUAAAAUCACCCUCCACAGCCUCAUUCUUGACUUUUCAGCAGUGUCAUUUCUUGAUGUUUCUUCAAUGAGGGGUCUCAAAACGAUUUUGCAAGAAUUUAUCAGGAUCCAGGUAGAUGUGUAUAUUGUUGGAACUGAUGAUGACUUCAUUGAGAAGCUUACACGAUGUGAAUUUUUUGAUGAUGAAGUCAAGGACUCAAUAUUUUUCUUAACAAUCCAUGAUGCUGUUUUGCAUAUUUUGAUGAAGAAAGAUUACAGUACUUCUAAGUUUAAUCCCAGUCAGGAAAAAGAAGCAAAAUUUGAUUUCACCAUAAAUACAAAUGGAGGAUUACGUAAUCGGGAAUGUCAGGUACCCACUGAAACAAAAUUCUAA